UCCAACACUACUAGACUAAAAAAAUCCUGUGGUUCACCUUAUCCAAGGCGAGUCGAGGAGUAGAGAUGGCCUCACUCUCAAGCAUGUCCAUCACGAUCAGCCAUCCCAGACUUGGUUUCUCAUUUGUACUCUCCCCGUCUCCAAAUCCAGGCAGUGUGAGUUCCUCGCCGUGGUGGUUUCCGAAGACCAAGUUACAUAACCCCUCGAGGUCAAGAACGAUGGUUUUUGCCAGCAAUGGAGGUAGCCAGAGAGAAAUUGGUCUAAAAGAAGGGAAUAGGCUUUAUCUUGGAAUGGACUUUGGUACAUCUGGAGCGAGGUUCGCUCUCAUUGACAAUGAAGGGGACAUUCAUGCUGAAGGAAAGCGAGAGUAUCCACGUGUUAUGAGUGGUGAAACAAUGGAUUGGGUGUGGUCAUGGAAAACCACACUUUUCUCGCUGCUAGAAGAUGUUCCAGUUCAUCUACGCCCACUUGUUGCUUCUAUUUCUAUUGAUGGUACUUCUGCAACUACUAUCAUUCUAGACGGCAACACGGGAGAACCAUUAUGCAGACCCUUCCUCUACAAUGAGAGUUGUCCUGAUGCUUUACCAAUUGUUAAGUCUAUCGCUCCUGCAAAUCAUACAGUCUGCUCUGGUUCCUCUACACUGUGCAAGCUUGUAUCUUGGUGGUACACUGACAAUCCAAAGAAAAGUUCCGCUCAGUUGUUACAUCAAUCAGAUUGGUUGUUGUGGCUUCUUCAUGGCAAACUUGGGUUGACUGAUUACAACAAUGCUUUGAAGGUUGGCUAUGAUCCUGAAGUUGACUCUUAUCCACCCUGGUUACUCUCUCAGCCAUAUUCACAGCUUUUGCCUUCAGUUAAAGCUCCUGGAACUUCGAUUGGUUCCUUAAAAGAGGAUAUCAGAGCACAAUUUGGUUUUUCAGAGGAAUGUGUUGUGUGCACGGGGACCACUGAUAGCAUAGCCGCCUUUCUCGCAGCACGGGCUACACAAACUGGGAAAGCGGUCACAUCUUUAGGCUCAACACUUGCUAUUAAAUUACUGAGCACCAUUAGGAUUGAGGACGCCCGAUAUGGGGUGUAUAGUCAUCGGCUUGAUGAUAAAUGGCUUGUUGGAGGUGCUUCUAAUACUGGUGGAGCAGUUCUUAGACAAAUUUUUACAGAUGAGCAAUUAGAGAAAUUGAGUGAAAAGAUCAAUCCGAUGGACGUCUCUCCUUUUGACUACUAUCCUUUGCAGUCUGUAGGUGAGAGAUUUCCUGUGCAAGACCCUAAGAUGGUUCCCAGGUUACAUCCACGCCCUGCAAAUGACGUUGAAUACUUGCACGGUAUUUUAGAAUCUAUUGCGCGCAUAGAGGCAAAGGCAUACCAGUUAUUGAAGGACCUCGGAGCCACACCAGUUGAUGAAGUGUUCACUGCUGGUGGUGGUGCCAAAAAUGAGAACUGGACUAAGAUACGAGAGAGGGUGCUCGGUUUGCCUGUGAGCAGGGCUGCUCAGACAGAGGCUGCCUAUGGAGCUGGGUUAUUGGCCUUGAAGGGCGCUACCAGCAGGAUAUAAACUGAAAAGCAAAUGAGAUCGAUCUGAAUAUUAGUUCGUCACGGACAUGGGCAGGCAGUGUGGGGAUCAUCAACCCAACUAGGGGCUGAUCACUUUAAAUUUUAAAUGUAGUUGCACAUACACCAUGUGUACACUUUUUUGAAUGUUAUAUUCAUAAGGUUUUUUUCCUAGGUAAGACCUUCUUCUUAUGUUCACUUUAAUUUUAUAUGUAGUUGCCGCUCCGCCUCGGCAUUCUCAGAAAUAUUAUUGUUUGUUUCCAUACA